CUUCAAACAAAAACUCUUAGAAAUGAUUUUUAGAUUUAGGACACACUGAGUGUUGUGUUCUCUACGACGAAAGCAGUAGCAGCCCUUUGCAUAGCGCUUUUGGCGGAUCGUGAAAGACUCAAAUAUGACGACCUCGUUUCCAAGCACUGGCCGGGAUUUGCCAAAAAUGGGAAGGGGAACAUUACUAUCGAGUGGGUGAUGUCGCAUAUGGCAGGGCUUCACUAUUUUGACACACCAGUAACCGAAGAAAUGGCGAGGGAUCACAACCUGAUGAGAAAAAUCAUUGAAGACGAGAGCACAUUUGCUGUCGCCAUGCGCAACCCAUUGUUUGAGAAAGAGUAUGUAAGAUUUACAUCUAUAUAGAG